AUCACCACACCUGUUUAGUUAUUGAUAAAUUUGCCAUCUCUAAACAAAACAAAAAUAAAAAUUGCAAUUUCUUUGAAAAAAAAAACAAAAAUAUCAGAAAAUUUUAAAAAAUGCCACCAAUAGACAGCGAGAGUGGUGUAAAGAUUAUGACCAAAUCUAUUGUAUGCGAAGACAGUACGUUGCGUGGUGACAUCACCAUAUCUCCAGGAUGUGUCAUUCAUCCCAGUGCUAGUAUUAUAGCGGAAGCCGGACCCAUUAUAUUGGGAGAAAACUGUAUAGUUGAGGAAUAUGCUACCAUUGCAUAUCGGCUGCCUCUGACAGACAACAAAGACUCGGCCGUCAGUGGAGAAGCUGUACCGGCUUUAACUAUUGGUCCCAACAAUGUCUUUGAAGUGGGCUGUACCGUUGAAGCUAAUCGUAUUGGCGAUAAAAAUGUAUUUGAAUGCAAAAGUUAUGUCGGUCCGGAAGUUAGUGUUAGUAGCGGUUGCAUUGUGGGAGCCGGAGUUCGUUUGCAGUGCAAACAACAAUUACCCGAGAAUACGGUAAUAUAUGGCAGAGAAUGUAUGCAGAGGGAAGCCAUAGAUAAACAUGCAUCUCAAACUUUGCAAAUAGAUUUUUUGCGUAAAGUUCUACCUAACUACCAUCAUUUGCGCAAACCAAAUCAUGAUCCCAAAAAAUCACGCAAUGCUGUGUGAUAGUCUUGUAAAUAUAAAAACUAUAGUUUAAUAAAUAUUAUCAUCUAUUCAAGGUA